ACAUGGCGCCCAGCCGUGAAUGGAGCGUCCUCCCCGUUGUCGCACGGGCCGCGGUCGAUAUGUGAGCCUCCGUCGCCUGAACGCCGGUGCCCGUUUCAACCGAACCCGUUAGCAGAAGCACGGACGCGACAUGCUCUGAGCCGUACGGGUGCACCGUCGCGCCAGGAGUCUAGCGAGAGAUCGUCGCGGGGAGUAGCGCUAGGCGACGCCGUCGCACGCCCCCGUCACUGCUGCCGCCGAAGAGAGAGCAUGACAGACCUCUUCAAGUCGGCGUUGGGCUACUUCGCCGGCGGCGGCAGUUCGUCGUCUUCGGCAAACGCCCGCGGCGAAGACCACGAGUUCGUCGGCCAGGUGGUCGAGCUCGGCAACCAGAAGCUGCGCGUCAAACGGGUCCUCGCCGAAGGAGGCUUUGGCUUUGUGUUUGCAGCGCAAGACUUGUCAUCGAACAGGGAAUAUGCACUCAAGCGAAUGUUCGCUGGAGAUGAGGAAGCCAGCAGAUCCAUUCUCCAAGAAGUCAACGUCCUUAAAAAGCUUUCCGGCCACCCGAACGUGAUAGACUUCAUUGCAGCCGCAGCCAUUGAGAAAUGCCAGUCGGGUCAUGGGAAGUCGGAAUACCUUCUCCUCACAGAGCUUUGCCCAGGUGGUCCCCUGGUGGAUGUCCUCCAACAGCGAACAACAGACCUCAGCCUUGCGCAGGUCCUGCAGAUCUUUUACCAGACGUGCAGCGCCGUCUGCCAUAUGCACACACAAAGCCCGCCCAUCAUACACCGAGACCUCAAGAUUGAAAACCUCUUGUUGAGUUCUAAGGGCACCAUCAAGCUUUGCGACUUUGGCAGCUCGACGACGAAGUCCUACAAGCCCGACAGCUACUGGACGGCCAUCCAGCGGAGCCUGGUCGAAGAUGAGAUGUGCAAGAACACGACUCCAAUGUAUCGGCCGCCGGAAGUGUUGGACACAUACAACAACUACCCGAUCAAUGAGGCCAUGGACAUUUGGGCCCUGGGCUGCGUCCUGUUUCUCCUGUGCUUCCGCGAGCACCCGUUCCCGGACUCGUCCAAGCUCCGCAUCCUCAAUGCCAACUACAGCAUUCCCCCUGGAGACACCCACUUCGACAUCUUCCAUGACCUCAUGCGGGGCAUGCUCCAGGUGAACCCGGCAUCACGACCCACGAUCUUCGACGUGGCUGAGCGACUGCAGGAGAUGGGUGAGGCCAAGAACGUGCGGCUGGAGGACUCACCGGGCCUGCACAGUGCAAACCCGGUGACGAGUGGCGCAUCCCAGGGCGACACCAGUGUAGCACCGCACAGCGUGCCGAACUCCACUUCCGCACCGCCCAGCCGGCCACCUCCACCAAACCUCAACGUCCACGGAGGCACAGUUUCCGCGGCGGCUGCUCCUCUUCCGACGACAGCGGAAGGAAGCUGGGGCAGCGCAGGCCUCCUGACGUCGCUACGGGGCGGCGCAGGAAGCCUGCUCAAGCGCCUAGGUGACACCUCCUCCAAGGUCAUGCAGAUUGCCCAGCAGACAAUGGGCAAGGCUGAUUUGGACUUCAACUACAUCACAAGUAGAAUUGCCGUGAUGUCGUACCCCGCGGAAGGGCUGGAGUCGGCGUACCGUAACCACGUGGAGGAUGUGAGGACGUUGCUGGACGCCCGGCAUCGGGGUCACUACGCCAUCUACAAUGUGUCGGGCCGUGCUUACUCGUCGGCCAAGUUCGAGUGCAAGGUCACCGAGCGGGGCUGGCUGGCACGGAAGGCCCCGCCCCUGCACACCCUGUUCAACCUGUGCCGCUCCAUGCUAGCCUACCUGAACCAGGACGCUCGUAAUCUGUGUGUCGUCCACUGCCUUGAUGGCAAGUGUUCGUCAGCAGUGUUGGUGUCAGCGUUCCUGGUGUUCUGCCACCUGUUUGACAGCCCCGAAGAAGCCCUGCAGAUGUUUGCCGUUCGCCGUUGUCCCGUUACGCUCUGCCCUUCCCAGAUAAGGUACAUCCAGUACAUGUCACAGAUGGUCUCCCAGAACCACCAGGUGUUGCCUCACCGGUUCCCUUUGCAGAUUGUGGCACUCAUGCUGAAGCCCGUUCCUAUGUUCACUAAGCUCAGGGAUGGAUGCCGGCCUUUUGUGGAGGUCUACGUUGGGGAGGAGCGUAUACAUACUACAUGCCAAGAGUACGAACGAAUUGCUCAUCACAACUAUGCAGAGAAACAGCUGGCGAUUCCACUGAAUGUCGCAGCUGCAGGAGACGUGACAAUCGCAGUCUACCAUGCUCGGUCAUCGUUUGGGAAGGUGUCGCCAGUCAAGAUUUGCCAGGUCCAGCUAUACUCUGGAUUUGUGGCUCCCGGCACAACACAGCUGACAUUUUGCAGGCAUGAACUUGAUGGCAUCGAGGAGCUGGACCGGUACCCGGAGGGCUUCCAGCUGUCUCUUGAGGUCCGGGUGGGUGACACUCCUAGCCCACGGCUCACCAACGGUCCGUGGGCUGACCUCGAGCACCUGGAGACGAAUGCUGCCAUCCUGUUCAGCACUGACGAGGAGCUUGAGGCUUGCAUUGGCCAUUUCUCAAGGAAUGCCCCUGCAAGGCCACCUCCACCUGCGACACCCAGUUUGCCAAGUAGGGACACUUCUCCGCAGCACUCGGAGAGUGACGUUCCAAGUGCGACCACGUCUGCGGAGACGCUGCUGGGGCCGAUGCGCAAGCUUUCAGCGGCGGCAGAUGGGGGAAGUGGCGCAGCUGUCGACAGCAACGCGGUGCCUCCGCCGCGGCCCAAGGCCAAAGAGGUGGACCUGCUCAACCUAGCAAGCUUCUCCAUCGACGAUGGCAGCAGUGGCGAGAGGCAAGCGCCCUCGGACCGGACGGUGGACGACCUUCUAGGCACAUCCUUGUCCAACCAGCCGACAUCGAACUUUGACCUUCUCAUCAAUCACAGGCAGUCUGCACAGCCCCCACUGAUCGGCGACCUCUCGUCACCCGGUGCGCCAGCCUUCGACCCGUUUGCCACCGGUUCCGCUGGGUCAGCGCCGUCAACGGUGCCCGCUGUCAACCUGAUGGAUGCCAAGUCUCCGACAGCCACCAAAGGCGGGGCCGACCUCUUUGACCCGUUUGGAACGGCCACCCCGGCUUCUGCUGCUCCCGGCUGGGUCAACACCAGCGUCAGCGCGGGGAACACACCACAGCACAAGCAGGGUGGCAUGCCAAACAGCGUGUCAGCCUUCAACAUGGCUGCUGCUUCAACGGCGACGACUCAGAGUGGCGGGGCUGCCGCCAAACUUGACACCAUGCCGGGGACGUGGGACACCCUGUUCCCUGGCAGCACCUGGGUGCCGCUCGUACCCUCAACCGGCGGCAGCGGAGCAGGGAUACCAGGAUCUGGAUUGACCCGGAAUGCUUCCACGCCCAACCUUGAGGCGCUUGGGCGCAAGGCUGACCCAUUUGCGGACCUAGGAAAUCUAACAGGUGGCUCCACUGGCGCCGGUGCAGCCUCCAAGACAGGAGCAGCAACCGCAACCGGCUUCCCGGCUUGGUCGCAGCCAAAGCCAGCCACAGCCACAAGCAGCCCACAGCCAACUGGAAGUGGAACACAGGUCGGUGGGGCCGGCGCCAAUGGUGCAAAGUGGAGACCAGGCAGCGCCGUUCCUCCGGCUGCCCCCACAGCCGCAGCGGCUCCUUCGAAGCCAAACUACAGCGCUGCGGCCGCGCCAGGUGGCAGCAGCAUAUUCGUGGACAAGACUGCAGCUUCGGCUGGGGCGCCUUACAGCAAUGGCCAGAAGGCAAAGCUGACGGAGGACACAUUUGAGGACCUUUUGGGCACGCAAGGCUUCUCUGGUUUUGGAAGAAAGGACACGGGUCCUAAGACAAUCGCCGAACUCCGCCGGGCAGAGAUGGCUAAGGAGAUGGACCCAAUCAAGCUCAUGAUCAUGGACUGGACAACGAAGAAGGAGCGCAACAUCCGGGCACUGCUGUGCUCGCUGCACACGGUCAUCUGGGAGGGCUGCCGCUGGACUGAGGUGGGCAUGCACCAGCUUGUGUCACCAGCGGACGUCAAGCGCUUCUACCGCAAGGCCUGCCUCGCCGUACAUCCCGACAAGCUUGUCGGCACAGAGCAUGAGGAAUUGGCCAAGCUUAUCUUCAUGGAGCUCAACGAUGCCUGGAGUGAGUUCGAAAAGCAACAGGGACUUGCCUAGUCAGGAAAGGGCUGGACUUCACCUCUCACCACUGCUCCCCUCGCACGACGUCAGUGGGGUGGCAGCAGCAAGAAGCACGCAGGGACGGAAAACGAAAGUGACGCGGGCUUUGCAGUGCCCGUGCAGCGUGGAUGCCAAAAAAAGCGAGCAAGAGAGCAGCAGCCGCAAGCAGCAAUGGCAAGAGCAGAGGUAUCCACAUGCCGGCCGCACGCACACAUUUUGAACACAAUCACGGACCUUUAUCUUAUGCUUUUUUUUUUCGUGCUUGUCAUUGUUUUACCCAUCGCCGAAUAAGCGGUUCUUGUCACAAGUCGGCAUACACCAAAUUGUUACAUAUUGUUGACAUUUAUGUGUGUGUUGAGUUCGUUCCUGAAGAGUUUGGAAGUGCUGUACAAGGGGGGAGAUCGACCUGUUUCUGGUCUGAGAUUGACGGCUGGUCAGAAUCAAUGCAUCCCGGUCCACUGCCGGUUGUUAGUCUUGUCUUGACUUGGCUCUCGGCCACAGGAAACUUCUGAAGGUUUGUUUUUGAGCCACAUUCAAGUUUAACCCUUCCUUUUUUUCUCUCUCUCUCUUUCUUUUUUUUUACAAUAUCAGUGAGGCACAAUGCUCUCUGUACUGUACGUUCACUGGGCAAAUUCUGUCUCGACUUCUUCAAUGUUGAAUCAGUUGCGCCUGCUGCGUGUUAUCCACAUAUUCAAAGAGUGGCAGUGAGAUAGACCUGAGCAGUAUUGAAAAACUUAGUCACUUCAGUUUUUAAUGCGGUCAAAGUCCAAAACCAACAAGAAGCACUUAAACGUGCUCUAAUAGGCAAAUGCUCUGCUGUCGGAAACCAGUCUCUCCAUGGAAAAGGGACUGGACAUGAAGCUGUCUGGGACUGGGAAUUCAGUGAGACAACAAGCAUUUGAUCCAGUUAUAAAUGUGCUUUCCGAUUUCUCUUUUA